AUGAAUGUGCUAUUCUGGAAUAUAAGAGGCAUGAAGAAGGCUAUUGCAAAAUUAGCCUUGAGUAACAUUCUAAAGGAGAAGUUCCCUGAAAUAAUCUGCAUUGCAGAACCUAUGGUUGAUGUCACCGCCUUCCCUAAGCUUUUCUUUAAUAGGCUGGGAUUUGAUAUCGACUUUAUCCAUAAUAACAGAUCAGACAAAGUUCCAAACCUGUGGCUGAUGUGGAAAAGAAAUAUUAGAAGAUCGGACAUUGUGUCUGCGAUCGACCAGCAUAUUACCAUCUCUCUAGAAUGGCACAAAAAAAUUAUUAGAGUCUCUGUCGUCCAUGCGAAUUGCUUUCGAGCGAGAAGAAGAGAUCUUUGGGCCUCCCUGGCUGCCUCUGCGCCUGCUCAGACUAUGCCUUGGCUUGUAGUUGGUGAUUUCAAUGCCAUCUUGGCUUCAAAUGAAAAGAGAGGUCCUGAAGCCUUUAAUAUGGGGGCGGCAGCUGAAUUUGGUGCUAUGGUGGACUCUUGCGAUCUCAUGGCCCUCCCUUCUCAGGGAAGCAGGUUCACUUGGACCAAUAAUAGUAAGAGAGGGAAUGUGCUGGCCAGAUUGGAUAGAAGCUUUUGCAAUAAUGCCUGGGUUGAAUUUUUUCAUGAGGGAGUUCAGCAGGUUUUCCAGAAAAUUGGCUCAGAUCAUGCGCCAAUCUUUAUUUCUUCAGUUCCCAGCGAAAAACCGAACAAUUGCCCCUUUAGAUUUCAUAGACAUUGGGUGGAACACAAGGAUUUUUUAUCUAUGGUAAGUGCUUCAUGGAGCGGCUGGACUCUUAGCACCAACUUAUAUAGGGUUGCAGAGAAGCUUAAACGACUUAAGGGCACCCUAAAGCUUUGGGCAAAAACUGAAUUUCCGAAUUUCAAUAUAGAGCUUGAGCAGGAAAAAAAGGAGAUGGAGGAGGUCCAAAAGAAAAUUGACGAAGAUGGUCUUGAUGAUUUUUUAUUUGUUCAAGAGGCGGAUGCCAAAACAAGGUAUUUAAAGGCAAUGGAGUACUAUGAAAAAAUGUGGGCUGAAAAAUCGAGGAUUCGAUGGAAGAAUCUUGGGGACAGAUGUACAAAAUUCUUCCACCUCUCGGCGAAGAUGCGAAGAAUUAAAAACUCUAUUAGAUGCUUAAAGACAGAUGAUGGCACUAUCAUAUCAGAGCGAUCAGACCUAGAACACUAUAUGGUGGACUUCUUCACUAAUUUUCAUAAAGCAGCGCCUGUGUCUAGGCAUCCCUCGAUCCUUGACUACAUUCCCCGUGAAUUAUUACAACGAGAUAGAGCCAUUUUGGACAGAAUCCCUUCAAAUUUGGAGAUCAAAGAGGCGGUUUGA